AUGGCUCAACAACCGUCUACGCCGGUCAAGGUGCCGUCCUCGGCCGCAAACUACACACCUGCCACGCUGGACCCGGACCUGCGGUCGCAAAUAAACACCGUCCUGCUGCGCGAUGGCCACGUCGCAAAGAUCCAAGAAGCCCUCCUCCACGCCCUCAACGCCCACGCCUCCAACUGGCCCACCGCCGUCCAGAACCACGCCCUCGCCCUCCUGCGAUCCGGCGAGGAGACCACAUAUCCCGCCCUCCUGCGCCGCGUGCUCGAGGACGUCCGCGCCGACUCCGCCACCUCCUCUUCCUCAGCUUCCACGACCAAGAACGGCAGCAAGACGCCCAACGGCGACACCAAGAAGGUCAACGGCGCGGCGGACCCCGCGGGAGACAAGCCCAGCCUCGCCCUCCCGGAUUCGGUCGUGCAGGAGGCGCUCAGGGUCACAAGGGAGAGCCUCGAGGCCGUGUGCGACGUGGACGAGGCGGGCAGUUGA